AUUUUCCAUUUAGUACCUAUUUGUUCAGUUAUCAUCUGAUCAGUAACUAGUUUUCUAAUCUACGUGGUGGCUGUGUUUUGCUCUGCAAUACGAAGAAUCGAAAUAUUUAAUUAAACUGUGAAUAUUGAAUUUAAAGUGACGAAAUGUUAGUUUUUUAACUGUAAAUUACUAUACAAUUCACUAUCUUAGUAAACAAGAAUCUGAAAUUUAGUGUAGUAAUAAGUAGCACCUUAUUAUUGAAUUUACAUUUUUUAGUCUCUAAACUAAUAUAGUUCAAGAUGCACGGAAUAAUUAUAUGUGUGCCCAUAUACACUAUAGCGACCUUCUUAUUUGGCGCCAGUAUAACUGCUGGGCUUGUGGUCUUCCAUGUGGCCUUUGUACCUCUGCUCUUCAAAUACUCGAAGGCAUUCCAGCGGAAUUUGAUAUUUGCAAACUUUGUGCAAUGGCCUCUCAAUAUAGAUUACGAGGACCCGUCGCAGAGCGGUAUUCAGGGCGGUAGAAAUAUCUCCAUCGAGUACAACUCGAGAGUGGACAACUGCCGCGUUAAGAUCGGUGUAUGGCAUAUACUCCCGAAGAGCUCCUACGAGAAGCUGAAGGGAAGCUUCGGCGGGAACGUGGAUAAAGAUGACUUGAGCAGACAGUUGGACGAGGAGCUCGCUAAUUCCAAGCUGCCCGUCAUGUUCUACUGCCACGGUAAUUCGAAUUCCCGCGCGGCGUCUCACAGAAUAGAAUUGUAUAAAUUCUUUCAGCAGAUGGACUUUCAUACAAUAGCUUUUGAUUACAGAGGUUAUGGCGAUUCAACAAACAUAGUGCCCAGCGAACGGGGCGUCGUCGAAGACUCGGUGGUCGUGUACGACUGGCUUAACAACACCAUCAGAGCAGCUCAGAAGAGACCCGCGGUCUUUGUGUGGGGACAUUCGUUGGGUACUGGAAUAUCAUCACAUAUGCUGGGAAACUUGCAGGAGUUAUCGCAGGCGGUGGAAACUAAGCCCUUACCACAGGCGAAUGGUCUGAUCCUAGAGGCUCCGUUCAACAACCUGGCUGAUGAAGUCGCCCACCAUCCUCUUGCCAAGCUAGUGUCAUGGCUGCCGUACUUUGAGAGUACGUUCGUGAGCCCGUUCGUGCGCAACGACAAGUACUCGUUCAACUCCGACGAACACCUCUCCAAAGUGGAUAAUCUGCCCGUACUGAUUCUACACGCCAAAGAUGACGUCAUAGUACCCUUCGUUGUCGGUGUUAAGUUGUUCCGUGCUGUGUUGAAGUCGCGUAACAACGACGAGUCAAAAAUUAAACUCCACGCGUUCGAUAAAAGCGAGCGCUUAGGACACAAGUUUAUAUGUCACGCUAAACAGUUGCCUACUGUUGUUGGGGAGUUCGUAUCCAGGCACCGCUAAUUAGCUGAUACCGUUUUAAAUUAUGAUAAAACCAUUUUAGUAUUAGUAAAUAAAUAUUUAAGGUACGAACACACUAGAUGCUUAACGAUUCGAGUAUUCGGUAUAAAAGAUAUCACUUACCUCUCCACAUUUUUAUUUAAAUUUUAUAACAUUAUAUUUUACUAGUUGUUUUGGCAAACGUUGUAUCGCCAUUUCAAUUAAUAAAAAUGGAAAGGUUACACAAAAUCUCAGACUACCUACAAAUCGACCAAGAGCCCUUUCGGAGGAGUAUGGCAACAAACACUGCGACACGAGCAUUUAAUAAAUAUACACUAGAAUCUAUUCUUGUCUAGAGACUAGAUAAUAUUUUUGUUUUAUAGUAAACUAUUAUCAUAUUUAGAAAGUAAGUGUCUGGUGUGGUCAUACCUUUAUUAGUUUUUGCUUGACGCUUAUAAUAAUAGUGUUCUACUUGGUAAUACAUCGUUAGGAGUUAUUUUGGGAUUAUAUUUAUUUAAUUUAUACACGGCUUUUUGGUUUAUGUAAUUCUUCUUUUAAAUGAAGCUGUCAUUGUCGUAGUAAUCGCUUAGUAAAAGGUCGCCAAAAAUGUCCGAACGGCGUAGACAUUAACAUGUACAUAUAACAUUCAUUCAAAUUUACACCUUAUUUCGUUGCAGUAAUGUUCAAAGUGUAUGAACGUAAACUCUGCCUAAUAGGCGCGUAGGCAGAGUUUUGUUUCGGACAAUUUUUAAGCGUGAUUGCGAGUGUAGGUAUCUGUACGUCAUAUAUCAUGUAUAUUGUACGUCAAUGGAAGCUGUACUUUAUUUUUUGUCAGUUUGAGGAUGAGGAUAGUAAAUAAAAAAAAUUGGAUUCGGAAUUUUAAGCCAAAAAUGGCACAAUUGUUUAAAUUAAUUUAAUUUAUUUUUGCGCUGAGAAUAUUUGACUAUAUGUGAUAUUCGGGAUAAAAUAGGCAACUUGCGUGGGGUAUAAAAAUAUUUGAAUAUUAUUAUUUACUUCGGUGUUGAGAAGAUUUCUUUUCUAAAAACCUUAUGUAUUUGGUGUGGUAGUGAUAUAGCGAUUAAACCCUUUGAUACUGCGUAGAGAUGUGUGGCCUAUAUAUCUACCACGGGGAGUGUUCGGAAUUACUGUCCGGAUACCACAUGUAGGGAGGGCAGGAGAUGAAUAUAUCGAUGGUAAAGGCUUCAUUCAACCAUGCAUAGUACAAUUUUAUAAAAGUAUUUAAUAGGCUACCUACGUAAUAUUCAUACUUUAUGGUUCUUGAGCAUUCCCGUACUUUGCUACGCCCUUGGCGACUUGUACUUUCAUUUCGUAGGCCGCCGACACACUCUUUUCAAUUUUCACUUCCCAUUAGAUUUAUAUUUUAAAAUUAAUUUUUGUACAAUUUCGUAAGAAUAAAAUAAGAUCUAUUAAGUGAAUAGCCAUGGCUCCCUUCCCAUGGUGUGAUAUUAUUUAAUCCGUUAGAAUUAUUUUUGAUGUCAGUUAAAAUACUACCACCGCUUCGGAAACAAAUGGCACACUGAGAGAGAAGAAACGGUCCAAGAAAUUCUCCCAGCAUUAAUUUUUUGCCCUCAUUUUAAUAAAAAAUUAUAAAGGUUAUAGCUGGAAAAUAAUCAUAAUCUGUUCCCAGUAAUAUUUACAACAGAGCCAUUUUUUAAUAAAAUAUUUAAAUUUAGUUAUUGAUGAUGCCUGAACAGUGGCUGGGACUUUAUUGUAAAAGUAUAUAUGUAUAUUUAUCCUUAAAGCUAUUAUGUGUCUUAUUAAGAGAGUCAUUUCCGAUAGAGUAAACCAUUUUUGAUGAUUUGUGGUUGCUUGUCUCCUUUUAAAACCAUACGCGUCUCUACCUCAGUAGAAGCAAAUGUUAUAUAAAUUUUCUAGUCUUAUUUUUUGAACAAACCGGCUUAGAUCAUUUAUUCGUCUAGAUAGGCCUUUUGAUGUUGGACAACCGAUGAAAACAGGCCAAGUUUGUUUUAUUAUUAUUAUUAGUUAAGUGUGCGUGACAGACUACGUCUCACACUCGUAUUUUGUGUGUCACUUUAUGUUAGUGUGCGUGCAAUAUUGAUAAUAAUAAUUACUUUAUUUUGUCAAAUUUAACAACAAUAAAAAUAGUAGAAGUUUAUAUUAAUGUUUGUAAGUUAUAUUAUUUAUAAACAGGUCACAAAGACAGCUAAACUAGUAUGAGCCGUGUUUCAGCUUCGAUACCAGACAUAAUUUAAUAGUCUAAUCAAAUUCUUAAAAUGAAAUACGAUAAAAACACUGUCUAAAUACAAAAGCGAAACUAAAAUAAAAGAAUAACUUAUACAAUAGAGUUCAGUCAACCUCAAUUUAUUUUGACGUUUACGCAGCUGUCAGUACGCAGCUGGACGUAUAAAUGAUCUAAGUAUACCGGAAUGAAGAAUCAAAAAGGGGUAUUUUGCAAAAUUUAUUUCAAGGUCACGUUAAGGUUACAGUGUGCUCUGUUGUCUGUUGAGCGAAUUACUAGUAAUAUCCUCCAAAGUUUUGGGGUUUUUUUUUUAAAUUAAAGUACAUUCGUAUUGUUUUUAAUAUUAUUUUGGAGUAAGAAUCUUAAGUUAUGUUUGUUUUGUUUUGUAUUUUAGGGAUUACUUUUCCUUAAUACGUAUUUUCGUAUUCUCAUUGUAUUUUUUGAAUAGUCUGUAAAAUAUUUCUUAUGCUUGUCACCUCAAUUUUGAAGCAAUUUUUUUGUUCUAUGUGUUUUCAAGUUAGUAAUUAUUCUAUCCGUAGAUAACACGUUUAACGGCCGUUUUCAAUAACCUAUCUAUCGUCAGUUUUACAUACUGAUACAUUGCUGUCACCGUUUAAUGACCAUUGUUAUGUCCAAUAUAGUUAUAGUGCAAUGCUAUCUGUCAAUAGUUUAUUCAAAUUUAAGCAAGCGUAAAAGAAUAGAUUUGUCUACGUCUAGUAAGUUAAACUAAGCAUAGAGAGGUUAUUGAAAACGGCCGGAAAUCGGCUCUAGUUAACAUCUAAAUGGAUUUUUCCAACACUUCUGUAAGAAGCCCACGUUCAGGAGGUAAUUUAAACUGUUUUUGAAAUAAAAUUUUGUUCGUCAAUUCUUGUGCUAAUUUAUUGAAAUGACUACUUCAAAUACACCUUAAAGAUAGAAAUUACAUUUCUUACUUUCAUGGUUUGAUUGUAGUAUAUUGUAAUCAAUUCGAAUGUAGAAGUGUAACACGUUAAAAACUCAGUUACGGACGGAUUCUCCGAUUUUAAUUAUUAAAGGAACUUGAGUUGAUGUUAAUUUGUAUCUAUUUGUCAUCAUGUGGCUUGCUAACGAGUCCUUUAGAGAUAUCUCUUAUAAUGUAACGUGUAGUAAGGGUAAUAUUUACGGCCGUGUUCAAUGACGUAUCUCUAGUUACGGAUACAUUGCUGUCACCGUUUAAUGACAAGAUCUUUUCUAUCCAUAGCUAUGUCUAAUACAGUUAUAGUCCUGUCUUAAGUUGUGUUAUGUCGUUAAGUUAUUGAAAUGUUAGUAAGUGUACCUAUACGGAUAGUUUUGUCUACGUCUAGUGACUAAAACUAAGGAUAGAUAGGUUAUUGAAAACGGCCGCUAAGCGAGACACCAUUGAGACACUGGAGUUAUGACGCGUCCGAGGUGGUCGCGUCACCAUAUUGGUUGCGCAACCAAACGGACACUAGGUGAGAGACCUCUCUAUAGAGCUGUAGAAUUUUAUUAGUAGCGGCGACUGGUAGUGCCGCCAUGGUGUCUCAGUGAAAUAUAGCCCUAAGUGUGUAGUGAUUCUAGUUACAAUAAAGCCACCUUCACCGGUUUUGCGAAGUCAGGAAAAACCAAUAAAUCCGAAGAGAACGAGAUACAAAGCUUUAAUUAUUAAAUUUCUCCAAAAUAGAAUACUAUAAAUACACCGGCUGACCUUCGCCGUCUCAUCAUCAUUUCAGCCGGAAGACGUCCACUGCUGGUCAAAGGCCACCCCCAAAGAUCGACAUGAUGCGCUGCCAUCAUCCAACGUAUUCCGGCCAUCUUGACCAGAUCGUCGGUCCAUCUUGUGGGAGUCUACCAACACUACGUCUUCCGGUACGUGGUCGCCAUUCGAGGACCUUACUGUCCCAACGGCAAUUUGCCCGUCGAGCUAUGUGCCCUGCCCACUGCCACUUAAGUUUCCCAACCAACUGGGCUAUAUUGGUCAAAUUCACCACUUAAGUUCUCCUACUACUAAGGAGAUCUUCCUCAUUUCCGAUUCGAUCUGAAGGAACACUCCGAGCAUAGCCCUCUCCAUUCCCUCUCAGCGACCAUGAGCUUCGACGUCUCGUACCAACAAAAUACUACUAAAAACCACUCAUUUGCAAUUACAUGGCCCCUAUAAAAUUUGAAGUCAGUUUGGUAGACUGAUUCUGUAUUUGGCACUAACAAGAAAAUAUUUUUCUUAAUUAAUAUUAUACUAAAUUGAAUUUGUUAAACGGCGUUUAGAUUUAUUGUUUUCGGAAGUUUUUGGGCAUUUGGCAUCUCUUUGAAUGCUUGGAUGGUAUUGGUGUGAAAGGCCACGCCCAUGUCGUUUCAGUAUACUACACGGCAACCAUAUAGGACCCUCCCCCCCUCCCGUUACCCUUUCACACCCUCGCGCUCGUCCUGUUGCGUCAGUACGGUUUGCAGUUUCAUUACCCUUAGGUACAUGUCGUGAUAUUUUCGUGUUAUCUCUGCUUUGUAUUUGAAGCGUGGUUAUUACCAUCUAUGUGAAAUAAAAAUUAACGUAUUCUAUAUUUAGAUAAAACUUCUACAACGAAAUAAUUCAAAUUAUUUUAAUGGAAAAUGGGUGUUAGAAAACCUAAGUCAAAUAUGUAUAAAUAAAUUUCUGUUACGAUUAGCGGCGAAUGUUUACCAAAUAGGACAGCGCUGUGAUCUAUGUACGUCCUAUUUUUGUAUUUUAAUAAGAAAUAAAAUUAAUUUAUUGUGAA